AUGACGCACGGCAUCGAAAAGAUCAUCAAUGCAAAGAGGACGGUUGCGAGGCGAGAUUCGGCACGCGAAACGACCUUGAAAGACAUCGGAAAUCAGUCCACGGCAGAUACCCUCAAUGUGGACCGAAAGAAACUUAUAAGUGUUUUGGUCGGAAUUGUGGACAUCCUGAGAAGAUCACACGCUUGGUACAAGAAACAGAAGAAAAAAGAAGAAGAAGUAGAGGUGAAGAAAGUAUCAAAUUUGGAGGCCGUGGAUCAACUGUCAAGCUCAAGUAUCGACAUAGCUCCAAGGAAGGAACCACCGACAACUCCCACCAUCACUCCGUCGAAGACUUUGAUCAAUUCUUUGAACCAUAAUCCUAGUGAUUACUUCGACGACAGGCUAGAAAAGCUGACUCUCAACCCCAUUGGACGUCUCCAGAGCUUAAGUUCAAACGUGCUACCUGAAAACUCGCAGACUCUGAAAAACAUCGAAAAAGACACGAAAAGCCCUAUGGUUGCACAUUUACAGGCUGUUAUGGAAGAUUCGGCAGCAAAGCCGAUUGGAAACGUCACGAGAGCCGACCAUGAGAAAAUACUACACCAGAUUGCUACCGGCCAUAUUGGCCCCAAAGAUGAGGAGUCAAAAUUCAGUUACUGGUGUGGGUUCUGUAAAGAGAUCAAGACCGUGGAAAAAACAGGAGUAGAUGCUCUGAAUGAGCGCUUUGAUCAUAUUGAUCUACAUUUCCAAAAGAAUGAAAACAUCAAGAGAUGGGUUCCCGCUAAAGGUCACACUGAAAAGGGAGCACAAAAGAGGAGGGAUAAGAGUCGAAAGAAGGAAUCUAAAAGAACAGCCACGUCUCGCAGGGAAGAUGACUCUGGGGUUUUAUACGAUAAUGGCUACAAUGACGGGGAUUACAGUACUUACGAAGAGUGUCCCUCAAGUGCAGAUGAGGCUUGUAUUGAAGACAAGUCCCAUCCUGACAGUUAUGGUGAAAGCAACAAAUCUCGCAAAUUGGAACAGGUUGAAACAGGCGAGGUUUCGAUCUACUGUUGUCGAUGCGAUGGGCUCCUACCGAUCAUGGCCCUACGCUGCGUAGAAUGUGAACAUGACAGCUGCUCACUUUGUAAACGAGAGAAGCGAGGACCAGACCGAUUGCUGUAA